GCCAUGGCGGAGACGGACGAUGUGGACGUGAUGAUGAGCUUCCACAGCGAUCUCCUCAAAAGCGACGCGAAGAGCAGCCGCUACCCGCACUGCAUAGUGUGGACGCCCAUCCCCAUCCUGUCGUGGGUGCUCCCCUUCAUCGGUCACAUGGGCAUUUGCACCUCCUCUGGAAUCAUACGGGAUUUCGCAGGUUCUUACUUUGUGUCGGAGGACAACAUGGGCUUUGGUAGACCAACAAAGUACUGGAAGCUGGAUGUGGACAAAGUCUGUGGUAAUGGAGCUGCUACGUGGGACAAAGCAGUGCUGGAUGCGUCUGAGGAAUACAAGUGUCGGACGCACAAUCUAUGCUUAGACAACUGCCAUUCCCACGUUGCCAUGGCCCUAAACCUCAUGCGCUACGACAACAGUACGUCUUGGAACAUGAUGAACCUGUGUGCGCUGGCCCUCAUCAAUGGGAAACAUGUGAGCUGGCCAGCGUUCCUCAAGACCUGGCUCCCCUUCCUCAUGCUGUGCGGAGUCCUGGCCACCUUCAUCCUGACGUUCAACCUCCAUUGAUGGAGCGAGCCACGCGACAGGAUGACUCGCAGACUUUGGUUCAACUUGUCAUUGAUGUGAAUAAUGUGCGUUGACGGGAUAUUUGUUAUUGAAGGACUUCACUGUCUGUAAUGAUCUUGUCUGUUAGAGGGGGAUUGAGGGCAGAGCUGGUUGUUUAUAAUUUUAAAAAACAGAAAAUGAUUUGACUUUUCUGUUAAUUAUGUAUUUAUGUAUUAAAAGUCCUUUUCACA